AUGGAUCAACUCCCAUUUGCCCCAACACCAGGGACAACCUCCAGACCCAAUACCCCGGAAGUCCCCAAGUCACAAGCGAAUACUGGGAGAAUGUCGAAGGAUCCUGGGAUGAUCCUGAUACCCCCAUCGCCUCCGACGUCCAACAGUUCUACACCGACGAGUACAACUGACUCAUCGAGGAACAAACUCUGGAAGAGGGUAGUGGAAGCAAUGGUGGCAAGGGACGUGCGACAGAAAGAACAAAGUGGCGAAGAACCACCUUCGAAGGAAUCGUUACCCCUUUCCUCUCUGCCUGGGGAAAGGAACGAGGAGGUGGACAAACCACAGUCGGGAAAACCGACGCAGGAGGACAUCGAAGAGAUGAAUCUCCAGAGUCAUUUGGAGAUGCUGGACCAAUGCUCUACGCCUCAGAGCUCGACGGGGGAAUCUACUCCUCCACCAGUACUCCAAGAGAGGCAUGGGGAGUCCACACUUGGCCGGACGUUCCCUCCCAAAACUCAUGUGUCAAGGAAGAAGUCUCCAGUUGGAGCCCAGACACCGGUUCCUCCUAUGAGACAGAAGUCAUCCGGCUCGAAUCCGAAGUCGCCUCAAAGAGAUCCGCUUGCCUCUGUAGCCAGGUAUAUCAAUGGUAUCACCAAGUCACUCUACAACUCGCACGAAGAAUCCAUCAAUUGGCCAGGAAAGAAAGAGGAGUGGCCAAGGAAAAAGGGAUACUGGAUUGGGGAUCGCUUAUUCCAGUGGAUUCCUGGAUCACCCCUGAAGAGGGAUCCUGGGACCUACCCCCCAUGCACUCCGACUCAACCGCCAAUGACACCUGGCACUCAGUUGCCAGGGAUGGCUGGGAAUUCCCCUGGCCAGACACCUUGUACGAGGCCAUAUGGCCCAAUCCCAUGGCUCGAACGGCCAUCAACGAAGACCUAUGGGACUCAUUUUCCACCCCCAUACUCCUGGGAAGGGAAUACCGAACAAUCCCAGAAGAAGAAGAAGAAAGUGAAGAUAGUGGUACCUCCACCGACACCCCCUCUGACACGGACGAAACCGUCCAUGUCUUUGGUGCUGAAUUUCAGCACUGAAGACAUCUUCAAUACAAAGAAACCCGGGGGAGACUGGACCAAACCACACCUACCAUCGGAGGAAGGAGAGUCCCCUCCCCUUCCCAAUACAGAGGCGCGUUGUGCCCUAAAGCAGCAAAUGAAGAAAUGGAGAGGGAUCGUCUCAAACGAGAAAGACGAUGUUUCCGGUGUGGACACACUGGACAUGUAUGGAGGAACCGCAAAUGUGACCCACAAAAGGAGUGGCUCGUCAAAAACUGGGAAGGGCGGAAGAGCCGCUUCACACGACAACAAAUGGAAUCCAUGGAGGAACAAUGUGUUCGCUGCGGAUUCCCUGGACAUACUAGAUGGGAUAACAAAUGCCCCUCUGACAGGUCCCAAUGGCGCUCUGCUUGAAAAAGCAGAGCCGAAACCCCUUGACAACAAGUGCUGA